AGUGGGAAAAGGAGCAAGCAGAGUUAGAAGCCGGACAAAAGAACUUAUAGACCCCUUAUAUACAUAUUUUCCUAAUGUUUUAGAGAGCGUGGUGUGGUGAGAAAAAAAAACAGUUGCGGUGAGUGCGGAUGGACUUGUCAGUGUAGUUAUGGAACCCCCUUUAAGCAAGAGGAAUCCGGCGAUAAGAUUAGCGGAUUUGGCAGCGACUCAACCCCUUCCUCAUCAGAAUAUGACAGGCUUCCCGGGGCUAGGGGGGCAUCACCCUCUCUCCCACCAUGCCCACCUCCACCCUGGGGAGCUGGGCAACGACCCCGGAGUGGCACUCCCUCCAUUUGGACCAGAGCACAUGGCACAGACAAAUGCUCUCAAACUUAGCCCAUCUCAGCACAUUCAGAGCCAUCCCGAAGCCCAGACCGCGGCAUCUUUCACUUCUGCUCAGACCACAGUUGGUUUCCCCGUGGCUCACCCCCACUCAGGCUACUCAAGCAGCAGGGACUUCAUCCUCAGGAGAGAACUCUCAGCCUCUGCUAUGCAUGCACUUGGCGACCAGCAUAGUUCCGCCUCCUCCCCUCAUCACCAUGGCAUGUUCAUCUCCCCAACAGGUGCUUAUGGGCACACGGAAAGUGGGGCCCAUUCACUUUUCACUGGACUUCACGACCAGGCGUCCCCAGGUGCCCACCACCAUGCCCUCAACGGGCAGAUGCGCCUGGGUAUACCGGGGGACAUCUAUGGCAGGCCAGAGCACUUCGGGCACAGGCCAGAGCAUUAUGGACCGUCUUCUCUCCACAGCUACAACUCCAUGAACCUCAAUGUGAACAUCGCUUCUGCUCCUCACGGAGCUGCGGGGGCGUUUUUGAGAUACAUGCGGCAGCCCAUAAAGCAAGAGCUAAUCUGCAAAUGGAUUGACCAGGAGCAAAGUCAAAAAAAGCCCUGCUCAAAAACUUACAGCACCAUGCACGAACUGGUUAACCACGUCACGGUGGAGCACGUCGGAGGACCGGAGCAGAGCACCCACGUCUGUUUUUGGGAGGAAUGUCCACGAGAAGGAAAAGCUUUCAAAGCGAAGUACAAACUGAUAAACCACAUCCGAGUUCACACGGGAGAAAAGCCUUUCCCGUGUCCUUUCCCGGGAUGUGGGAAAGUGUUCGCACGAUCGGAGAAUCUAAAAAUUCACAAGAGAACUCACACAGGAGAAAAACCUUUCAAGUGCGAGUUUGACGGCUGUGACAGAAAAUUCGCCAACAGCAGCGACCGGAAGAAGCACUCUCACGUCCACACCAGUGACAAGCCUUACUACUGCAAAGUGCGUGGCUGUGACAAAUCCUACACGCACCCGAGCUCGCUGCGGAAACACAUGAAAGUGCACUGCAAGUCCCCGCCGCCCCCUACCACCAAUGUCACCUAUAUUUCCUCCACAAACCCCCUCGGGGACCCUCUUUCGCCCAGUUCUGAACCUCACAGGAACCGCUCUGCGAACCUCUCCCCUCAGGUCACCAACCUCAACGAGUGGUAUGUGUGCCAGGGGAGCGGAGGGCCCAACCACCUCCACACCCCAUCCAGCGACGUGCCAACGACAGAUUCAGACGACGAGGACUCUUUCAGAAAUUCAGACCCGAGGACGAUGCUCUGAUACCUGGGAUACAUCCAGGGGACUUUCAAACUUGUCAUCUAGUUGCCCCAUUAAAGUGUGCAUCUGCGUCGCCCCGUGCACUUGAGAUCUCGAUCAGUUAUUUUCGGGGUGGUGAUACUAACUGACUGUCCUAAAACCAGCAAAUUACAUUCAUUGUGGAUGCAACGUAGCUUCAUCAAAUAAGAAAGGGUUUUUGUUUUUGUCCUCCGAGGUGACCCCUGACCUUACCCUAACAUGUAAAUCAUAACUCUCAAAUAAUGAGUUCAAAACAGAGAUUAGACAUUAAAAGAUGAAAACUUGCUUCCGAUGUGAAAGAACCAAAAAAAAAAAAAAAUGUUACUUUGACUCAGAGUGGACUAGAGCUAGAGCUGUGUGUGU